AAUAAAAACGUAAUUUCAAUCAAAUCGAGAUUGCUCACGAAGGCUACAAUGUUUUCAUCAUAAAGCAGUGGAAUUUAUGCGCUCGUGUUACUUGUGUGACAUUCAUAGUGGAGUUCCACAGAACUUGUUUACCUUGCCGGUGCUUCUUUGGAAAUGGUUGAACCUGCACGCGACGUCACCCUCUACAGGAAUACUUAAAGAGCUCCCGGAGCGAGGCAAUCCUCAGUCAGCACAGCAGACGCACUGCCUUCAGUAGUAAAGCAGUCAAUAACACCAAUACUCAAAGUGGUCUUAUAGAUACACUCUGAUUCCAGUCUGUGCUACAUCCUCUCUCCACCAUCCAGCCACCAUGUUCAUCACCGAAGAGCUCGAGUGUGUCGUUUGCUGCUACGAUUACUCCCGCAGCGACCGGGUCCCGCGGGUCCUCCACUGCAGCCACACCUUCUGCGCCCUCUGCCUGGAGAAAAUGUCCAGACUGGCUGGGCCCAUCCGCUGCGUCUCCUGCCCUCUGUGCCGCUGGAUUACCUGCACCCCGGUCAGCCUGACCCUGUCCGGGGCCCUGUGGGUCAACACGGAGAUCUGGGACCAGAUUCCAGACGAGCAGCAGGGGGGGAUGCAAGACGCUGUGGAGGAUUUAAACAUCACAAAGACCCAGCUCAUUAAGAUAACACUCCCUGAUUCAAGACGCUCUCGUUUCAUCUCUAAAGUCCAAAAAAUGUUCAGCUGUGGGCUGGGCAUGGACGCCUGCUGACAGUUUAACAGCAGAGGAGAUGGAGACGUUUAACUUGACCGACCACUGUAGCAGUGCGUCUACAGCGCAGGAUGCCAUGCACUUUGCAGGACCAGAGCCAACUUGCUAACGCACAGACAAUCAGGCGGCCUGCGCCUCGGACCUGAAGAACUUUGUGUGAUUGUGUGUUUUGUAGGUGUUUAUUCCCUUUUAGGUGAUAUAUUUAUUUUUUUAAGGAAAUGGUUUAGAACAAUCAUCUCAAGGCUCUUUAUCAUAAUUGAUGAGAGCCUCACACUGAACUCUGAAGUGGUUUUCAAACUGGAAGUUUUGUUCUGUGAAUUUGUUAUGUUUAAGAGUAAUUGUGAAAUAUCAACAAAUCAAUAUUCAAUCAAUCCUGGUUUGUUUCCCAAAGCUGACUUGUAUACCCAGUUAAAGUGUGUUUUAAGUGUGAAGAGCUUAUUCUGAUUCAAAUGAUAUUUAUAUUUACUAGGGAUGCACCGAUACGGUAUCCGAUACCGUUGUUGAAUUAAUAAUAAACUGUAUACC